GACUUACUACCCAAUUCAUAAAAGAGAUUUUCUUCUUACAAAAUGUUGAAAAUCGAUUGAAGGUUACCGCCGUUGUUCAGUAUCAAAGUAUCACCACCUGAUAGGAGCAGCAACUGUGGCAAUCUUCAACGGGAAAGUGGAAACACAGCAAAACAGAAGAAAUCACAAAUCUGGGAAGAUUGCCGAAAACUACGACACAUCAAUUUUCUUCCGGCGAUAUUCUGUUCAAAAGAGGAAACUUUCUUAACUUUCGUCACGGAAUUGAUGAAACCCAUUUCUCAGUUGAUGAAUUCUUAGUCGUGUCGAUGAUUAAAUCAUCGUAAGGAGAGGCAAUCUGCAGAUAAGCGUGUAGGAUAACGACUUGACAAGUCAUCCAUUUUCAACCGUUUCUUCAGAAGGUGGUGAUCAGAAAUAAGAACAGCCCUUUUGCACAGGUGGGUUAUCCACGUUGUAAGCUUCAUGAAGAGGAUAUGGACCAAUAUUUCCUGGUUCUGUCUCUGAGAGGAGAAGAAACGAUGGUUUGAGUCCUUGGUCAUGGAUGGGAAGAGAAACAUGUUGUUACAUGUUCUGGGAUAUUAUCAACAGCUCUCUAUAAAUGACACAAGAAAGGGAAUCUUUUCCCUAUAAGAGAUCUAAUACAUGAUUCUCCGGUUACUUGUUGCUGCUUCCGUUGCAGCCUAUACAGUUAAGAAGCUCAACAGUAAAUCCUCAAAACACGGAAAACGUUCAGAAAAUGGCCAAGAUGGGGAUAAAGAGCCGGUCUCUGGUACCAAUGACAACAUCAAGGAUAGAAAGAUGGAAGAGGAGGAAGAAGAGGAAGAACAGGUUAAACUGAUAAAUAGUAUAUUCAAUCAGGCUCGUGAAAGUAUAUCGGAUUUCCUAGAUGAUGAUAUUUUACCGGAGUUUGAAAACCUUUUAUCCGGGGAGAUUGAUUAUCCAUUGCUUAAUGACAACUUGGAUAGAGCAGAGAAAGAAAGGGUAUACAACAACGAGAUGGCAUAUAAUGCAAGUGAACUUGAGAGGUUGAGGAAUUUAGUGAAGGAACUAGAAGAAAGAGAAGUAAAGCUCGAGGGAGAAUUGCUCGAGUAUUACGGGCUCAAGGAGCAAGAAUCGGAUAUUAUAGAGUUACAAAGGCAGCUAAAGAUCAAGACAGUUGAGAUCGAUAUGCUCAACAUCACAAUAAACUCUCUGCAAGCUGAGAGGAAAAAGCUUCACGAGGAAAUCUCACAGAAUGGUGCCUUGAGAAAGGAGCUCGAGGUGGCAAGAAACAAGAUAAAGGAAUUACAGAGGCAGAUUCAGCUCGAUGCUAACCAGACAAAAGGGCAGUUACUAUUGCUUAAGCAGCAUGUUUCAAGUCUUCAGGCAAAAGAAGAGGAAGCCAUGAAAAAAGAUAGUGAGGUUGAGAGAAAGCUGAAGGCUGUGCAGGAAAUGGAAGUUGAGCUCAUGGAACUUAAACGAAAAAACAGAGAGCUUCAACACGAAAAAAGAGAAUUGACUGUCAAACUCGAUGCUGCAGAAACCAGAAAUUCAGCCCUUUCCAACAUGACCGAGAGCGAUAAGGUCGCCAAAGCAAGAGAAGAGAUAAACAACUUGAAGCAUGCAAAUGAGGACUUAUUAAAGCAGGUGGAAGGGCUUCAGAUGAACCGGUUCAGCGAAGUAGAGGAAUUGGUAUAUCUCCGUUGGGUCAAUGCAUGUCUAAGAUACGAACUGAGAAACUACCAAACACCAUCUGGAAAAAUCUCGGCUCGUGACCUCAGCAAGAACCUGAGUCCUAAAUCCCAAGAAAGAGCCAAACGGUUAAUGUUAGAGUAUGCGGGUUCAGAACGUGGACAAGGGGAUACUGAUAUGGAGAGCAACUUCUCUCAUCCUUCAUCCCCAGGAAGUGAGGAUUUCGACAAUGCUUCCAUCGAUAGUUCUACAAGUAGGUAUAGUAGUUUGAGUAAAAAACCGAGCUUGAUUCAGAAACUUAAGCGAUGGGGCAAAAGCAAGGAUGACUCAAGUGUACAGUCAUCACCCUCGAGAUCAUUCUAUGGUGGGUCACCAAGCAGAAUGAGUAUGAGCCUACAAAGACAAAGGGGUCCUUUAGAGUCUUUAAUGGUCAGAAACGCCAGUGAGAGUGUAGCCAUCACGACAUUUGGUAAAGCCGAUCAAGAAACCCCUUCUUCUCCAGGUGAAGCUUUGAAUAAUGUAGCAUCAUCGUUUCAGUUGAUGUCAAAAUCGGUUGACGGUGUUAUGGAUGAAAAGUACCCUGCAUACAAAGACAGGCAUAAGCUAGCUUUGGAAAGGGAAAAGCAUAUUAAGCAGAAAGCCGAGCUAGCAAGAGCAGAAAGGUUUGGCGGUAGUGCGAAUUUGCCUCCCAGACUUGCUCAGAUAAAGGAGAAAACUGUUCCGUCUGCAGGCACGACAAUGGUGGAGCAAUCUAGUGAUGGUAAAGCCAGCGAAAAUGCUCAGAAUGUAACAAAAAUGAAGCUUGUGGAGAUUGAGAAACGCCCGACUAGAGUUCCCCGCCCUCCUCCAAGACCAUCUGGCGUUACCGGAGAUGGUAAAAACACAAAUUUACCAUCAAACCCACCUCCUUUACCUGGUGGGCCACCACCUCCUCCGCCACCACCUGGUGGGCCACCACCGCCACCACCUCCACCCGGGGCCCUCGGAAGAGGGGCAGGAAAUGGGAACAGAGUUCACCGAGCUCCAGAGCUUGUUGAGUUUUAUCAAUCAUUGAUGAAACGGGAAGCGAAGAACGACACGUCCUCUCUGAUUGCUUCAGGAGGUAGCAAUGCAUCAGAUGCUAGGAGCAACAUGAUUGGAGAAAUAGAGAAUCGAUCAACAUUCCUUUUGGCAGUAAAAGCUGACGUGGAGACACAAGGUGACUUUGUUCAGUCAUUGGCAACUGAAGUUCGAGCUGCUUCUUUCACUAACAUAGACGACCUUGUGGCAUUUGUGAGCUGGCUAGACGAAGAACUCUCCUUUCUGGUAGAUGAACGAGCCGUUCUUAAACACUUUGACUGGCCAGAAGGGAAAGCUGAUGCAUUACGAGAAGCAGCUUUUGAAUAUCAAGAUCUGUUGAAGCUAGAGAAGCAAGUGACUUCUUUUGUGGAUGAUCCUAACCUCCCGUAUGAACCCGCUUUGAAGAAAAUGUACAAGUUGCUGGAGAAAGUUGAACAAAGCGUAUAUGCGCUUUUACGUACAAGAGACAUGGCUAUUUCUCGGUACAGAGAGUUUGGAAUUCCGGUUGAUUGGUUGAUGGAUUCAGGAGUUGUUGGAAAGAUCAAGAUUUCGUCAGUUCAACUGGCGAGAAAAUACAUGAAACGAGUAGCCACCGAGCUUGAUUCAAUGAGCGGAUCCGAGAAAGACCCUAACCGAGAGUUCUUGAUUCUUCAAGGUGUUCGUUUCGCUUUCCGGGUCCAUCAGUUCGCGGGAGGAUUCGACGCAGAAAGCAUGAAGGCAUUCGAAGAGCUCAGGAGCCGCGCGAAAACUGAAUCAAGAGAAGAAGCUGUAAACUGAGGUUUUAGGGUUCUUCGUCUGUUCCCUUUGUUAUAUCAUAAUAUCCACAUUCUUCAAAAUGUGAAAAUGAUAGUAAAUUUUAAAAGAAAUGGAAUAAGGAAAAAUAUACAAUUUAAUA